UGCCCCCCAAAGAUAUGAGAGGCAAGAUCGUGGUCAGGAGAGGGCAGGCGGCCGUCAGGGACGCUCCACUCGGCCGGGUUCACGUCGCUCGAUCGAGCUUGCUCUUGGCUCGAUCGAGUUGUGCCCCGAGUUGGUUGCCUUUCCUUCCCUAAAACUUGUUCCUGCAAGACUUAGCUGA